AUGGAGGGAAUGAAGCCACUCGGAGCUUGGCCUAGUCCCUUUAGUUAUAGAGUCAAAUGGGUCCUCAAGCUCAAGGGAGUGGAGUACGAGUCGGUGGAGGAAGAUCUCGGAAGCAAGAGUGACAAAUUGUUGCGGUGCAACCCAGUUCACAAGAAGAUCCCUUAUUCGAAGCUAAUUCCUUAUCAUGAAUAUCUUGAAGACUUGGUUAAGAAAUUCAAUGAAAUCUCUUUUGAUUACCUACCAAGGUCUCAAAAUCAGUUUACUGAUACUUUGGCGACCUUAUCAUUGAUGUUACAAGUAGUUGACGGCUUGAGCAUUGAUCCACUACAAAUUGACGUUAUGAAGAAACCUGCUUACUACAUGGUGAUUGAAGAAGAAAUUGAUGGUCAACCAUGGAGUUACGAUAUCAUGAAUUACCUCCUAAAAGUAAAUUCCCUCGGGAAAGUCGCGCCAAUGAUCGGAAAUACCUAA